AUGGCUCAAAGAUUCCAUCUUCUUCUCUCUAUAAUCUUCUUUGUUAAUCUAAUCUCCUUUUCAAGUCAACAAGACUUAAGUUUCAUCUACAAUGGCUUUAACCAAGACCAAGUCAAUCUUCACCUUGACGGUUCUGCAAGAAUCCAACCAAACGGACUUUUGCAGCUAACCAAUGCAACAACUCAGCAAAUGGGUCAUGCUUUCUUCAACCGUCCAUUCGAUUUCGGCUCAGCUUCAUCGGAAUCUCUCUCUUUCUCGACUCAUUUCGUCUGCGCUUUGGUCCGUAAUCCAGGUUCUGACGGUGGUCAUGGAAUCGCCUUUGUUCUAUCAGCUUCAAUGGAUCUCACACAAGCAGAGCCAACUCAAUUCUUAGGACUCUUCAACAUCUCAACGAACGGAUCUCCUUCUUCUCAAAUCUUAGCUGUCGAGCUCGACACCGUACAGAGCGCAGAGUUUGACGACAUCGACAAGAACCACGUCGGUAUAGACGAAAACAACCUCAAAUCCUCUGUUUCUGAUUCAGCUUCUUACUAUUCCGACAGAGAAGGGAAGAACAAAAGCUUGACACUCUUGAGUGGAGAUUCUAUACAGGUGUGGAUUGAUUAUGAAGAUUCUCUGCUCAACGUUACAUUAGCUCCUCUAAAGAACCAGAAGAAGAAGCCAAGCAAGCCUCUCUUGUCAAAAAGCAUCAACCUCACUGCAAUGUUCCCGGAUCGAAGAGCAUUUCUAGGGUUUUCGGCUGCAACUGGAUCGUUGAUCAGUCACCAAUACAUCUUAGGAUGGAGUUUCAGCAGAAACAGACUUUCAUUACAGAGCCUUGACAUCUCUAGACUUCCCUCUGUUCCUCGUCCCACCAUAAAGAAGAAAAACAAUCCUCUGCUUAUCCUUCUACUGGUUAUACUCGCGCUCAUAGUAAUGGCGGUUUUGGGAGGAAUUUAUCUCUACAGGAAGAAGAAGUACGCAGAGGUUAAAGAGCCAUGGGAGAAGCAAUACGGUCCACUUCGUUAUUCAUACAAAUCUUUGUACAAAGCAACAAGAGGGUUUAACAAAGACGGUCGUCUCGGAAAAGGCGGAUUCGGAGAAGUCUAUAAAGGAACUCUUCCUCUUGUAGGAGACAUCGCAGUGAAGAGGCUGUCGCACGAUGCAGAGCAAGGCAUGAAGCAGUUUGUAGCUGAAGUUGUUACAAUGGGAAGCUUGCAGCACAAGAAUCUUGUUCCUCUGUUAGGGUAUUGCAGGCGAAAAGGCGAGUUGUUGCUUGUCUCUAAGUACAUGGAAGGAGGUAGCGUUGAUCAGUACUUGUUUCACGACGAUAAACCGCCUCUUUCGUGGUCUCAGAGAGUCGCGGUUCUGAGAGAUAUCGCGUCUGCGCUCUGUUACUUGCAUACAGGAGCUAGCCAAGUUGUUCUGCACAGAGAUAUCAAAGCUUCUAACGUCAUGUUAAAUGGAAACCUACAAGGGUUUUUAGGAGAUUUUGGGAUGGCUAGGUUUGAUGAUCAUGGAGCUAACCUCUCUGCAACAGCAGCUGUAGGAACCAUAGGUUACAUGGCGCUUGAGCUGACGUCAACAGGAACCUCAACAAGAACUGAUGUGUAUGCGUUUGGUGCGUUCUUGCUUGAGGUAACAUGUGGGAGGAGACCGUUUGAUCCUGAGAUGGCGGUUGAGAAACGACAUUUGGUCAAAUGGGUUUGUGAGUGUUGGAGGAAAGGCUCUCUGGUUGGUGCCAUAGAUGCAAGAUUGGGAGGUAAGUUCGUGCCAGGGGAAGUGGAAAUGGUUCUGAAACUUGGGUUGCUAUGCACAAGCAUUGUUCCGGAUUCAAGACCAACGAUGGAGCAAGUUGUGCAAUACAUAAACAGGCAUCAGAUGUUGCCUGAUUUCUCUCCAGAUACACCGGGGAUCGGAGUUUCUACUCCGGUGUUGAUGGGAAUACCUUCUUUGGCAAUCACUUCCACUUCAGUGGCCUCAUCAACACCAUCAGUAUCUUCUUCCUCUCCCAAUAAUUCAAUGUUUAUUUCUCACACGAUCGUUUAUGGUGAUGGAAGAUGA